AUGGGCAAGAAGACGUCACUCAAGGCGACAUUGCAAGGCCAGCAAGCGCGACUGAAGAGCAAACAAAAGGCUUCACAUGCUGCUGAGGUAGCGGAACAGAGGGCGAAAGGGAAAGGUCGGGACAAGGGAAAAGACAAGGCACCUCCGAGGCCGACAAUCCCGUUCAAUCCAACAGACAAAAUACUGCUCAUUGGCGAAGGGAACUUCUCCUUUACUCAUGCUCUGGUAUUUCACCCGCCUCCUGUACUCGCAGAUCUCCCCCCUUCCAAUGUUACCGCUACUGCGUAUGACUCAGAAGAUGAGUGCUAUGUCAAAUAUCCUGACGCGAAAACUAUGGUCGAGGCUCUGGAACAUAAGGGAGUUGAAAUACUCUUUGGUAUCGACGCUACGCAUCUUGAAAAGGUUCUCGCACUCAAAGGGAAAAAGUGGAAUCGGAUUGUAUGGAACUUUCCACACGCUGGCAAGGGUAUAACAAACCAAGAUCGAAACAUCUUAUCUAAUCAGGUUCUAAUACUUGACUUCCUUCGGUCAGCCUCCAAGUCCCUUGUAACAGGAUCUGUCCCAGUCGUGAACGGGCCCCGUAAACGCAAGAAUACAGAGGAUGAAGAAUCAGAUGCUAACAUGUCGGGCGACGAGGAAACAACCCAAAAGCAAGUGGCCGAACGCGGAACCAUCUUAAUCACACUUCGUAAUGUCGCACCUUACACGGGCUGGGACGUUCCACGGCUAGCCAAAAAUCCGCCGAAGCCGAAGAAGGAGGGUGCACUACUAAAUCCAUGUUUUAUUCUAUUGCGCUCGUUCGUCUUCUACCGAGCACUAUGGAAAGGGUACGAACAUCGCAUGACGAAGGGAGAGCGGGCCCACGGCCAAGGAAAGACGGGUGAAGGAGGGGAGGACAGAACUUGGGAGUUUUAGUUCUAUGAUGGUGGCGCGCCCGCCUCUUGGUCCUCCUCCAAGCUCUUCUUGAGCCCCUCGAGCGUCCGAGCCAAUUUGCCACCACUAGCCUCUCCAAGCACCGCCGCAAGCUGUGACGCAGGUGCCGAAAUCAGGCCCACAAUCUGUGCUCUCAGAGUAUCCAAAGUGGGGAGCUUCGUCACGUCCUUCACUCCUUCCGCUGCAAAAACCCUCCGUUCUAUCAAGCCGCCCAUGACCUUGAGCUCAGGGGUAAGGAUAGGGCGCACGCGUUGUGGCUUUCUUCCGGGGACGAAGUUUGGGUCGUCGGUGGGAUUUGUUUUCUUCGCCUGUACCCCUGGUUGCGCGGGAGGAGGCGCGGACCGCUCGAGUGCGCGAAUGACGGCAUCAAGUUGUGGAGGAUUGAGUGAGGGCAAAGUGAGAACUGCGAACCCGUUCUCCACAAUAUCUGAAAUCUGGUCAAUGGCCUGGCGGUCCAAUGGCGAGAACUCGCGAAGUGCCGCGCCGAAAAUCGAAGUGCGGAUGAUAGACAGGGAGGGAGGGACUACAAGAGAGGCGUCGUCUGGAUGCAAAGCUGCAUAGCGGGUGUGAGCGGUCGAGAGGUCUUUGCGUAGCUUUUGCAUCCUAGCCACGGAAAAGUUCUUGUGCUGGAGGAAAAUCAUGGGGGAGUCGGCAGUGGUAUCGAGCAUGCGCGUGUAUUGGUGGUAGAGGAAGGAUUUGGUUUCGCCAUACUUCCGGGGGACAGCUUUUCCCUCGUAUGUGACUGGUGGCUUGACCGAGAUAGCAUAUUGACGCGUCGAGAUACGCGUGACUGGG